AUGGUCGUGUCGCCACGUUUCUCCACCCUGCUGCAAUUCGCAGUUGGGUGCGCCUCUCUGGUAGGCCUCGCCUCGGCGGCCCCUUCUCAACUCAAGAGGAAUAACAUCGUUCCUCCCGCUCAGCUUGGCGCUGGAGCCGACCCUCGCAAGGCCGGUAUGAACAUUUCGGAGAGCUACCAGCCUCAAUCUUCGUUCCAGGUCAAGAACCCUACCUACUCGGUUUUUUCGAACUUUGACUUCCAGUCGAUCGCACUUGCUUUGCACCAAGAGUACAUCGAGCUCGACCUCUUCAACUAUGCCCUGACCAAGUUCUCGGAUGCCGACUACGAUGCUGCAGGCCUGGACGCUGACGACCGUCACUUGAUCCGUCACAUGGCCCAGCAGGAGAUUGGCCAUGCCAUCGCUCUCUCCAGCAUGCUUGGUCCUCAGGCUCCUAAGCAGUGCACUUACCGUUACGAGUUCCAGACGGUUCCCGAGUUCAUCGACUUCUCGCAGCGUCUUACAAAGUGGGGCGAAUCGGGCGUCUAUGGUUUCCUCAACUUGCUUGACAACCGCGCCAGCGCUCAGAUUUUGCUUCAGUCGAUCACUACCGAGGCUAGGCAGCAGUACACUUUCCGUCAGUUCGAGGGGCUCUUCCCGAUGCCGGAAUGGUUCGAGACCGGAAUCCCUCAAGCAUGGGCUUGGACCCUUCUCUCGCCCUGGAUUGUCUCUUGUCCCGAGGAAAACCGACCUUUAGCUUGGGACAUCUACCCUGGCCUCAACUGGACCAACCAGCCUGACGCCAUUGCAGCUGGCAAGGCUGCUGGUGGACCCUCGAUCUCGAACAACGUCACUGCUUUGACUCAGGAAGGCCAAGAGAACACCUUUGAGUGGGAGCAGCCCGGCAAGACUCAAGGUCCUUACUACCAGAAGACCAAGACGUACACUUCGGGUGUUCCCAAGUUUGCUGCCUAUGUUUCUCAAUUCAACGUCACCUAUGCUCCCUUGUACGAUGUUGACAGUAACGCUCGUACUGCCAAGGCUAGGCAGCCUGGCGGAACUGUCUACCCUCAGGGUCCCACGCUGAUUAACAGCACCAUCUUUGUUGCUUUGACCGACAGCGACACGUACUACACACCUGCCAACCUUUCGCUCAUCAACUAUCACGUUGUUGCCGGCCCUGCUAUCUACCAGGCUGGUUAA